UGGCGUUUCAAUUGAUCGUCAAAUUUUACGUAAGGUUUGUCGACAGCUCGUUUAUCGAAGUGUUCCAGCAAGGUUUGCACGAUGAAAGUCGCGGUGUUGUUGCUGACUGGCGUCUGCUUAUUGCAAUAUGCAGAAGCAACAUACGGCAGUUGUGAUACUCCUACUAAACCAUAUAAUGGAUACGUUGAAUGUCCAGAUGGAACUGGCCAUUUUUCCAUGUGCGUAACCAAAUGCAACGCAGGACAUGUCAUCUCCGGCCCAUCCAGACAGAUGUGUUGGUGUCGAGGAGAUAAAUGUUUGUGGAAGGGGACUGGAGCAAAAUGCGAACAAACAAAUUGCGAUAUGCCGUUCUUUGAUGAUGGUCGCGUAUAUCUUGCCGACUCGUGGCCCAGGGGUUUUGGAGGUGUAGUGGCAUUCAACAAAAUUCCCAACAAAAUCAAUAUCAACUUGGGAUGGUCAAUUGUUAUCGUGUUCGACAGACCAUUGGGAAAGAACGCUUCAAUAUCAAGCUGGAAUACGGAAAUGUCAACUGCAUCAUACGACGGUCAAACAUUCACACUUGUCAAUGUUCCCCGCAAUGAAGAUCUUUCUGCAAAACUGAGAUAUGAUCAAGACCUCAGUGUUCUUUUCGUUGUAAACUACGUCGAUGGAGAACUUCCUUCAGCAGCUUACGUGGGAUUGUAUGAAACUAGAAUUAGUGAUGCAUCGUGUGUGCUUGCUCCACAAAUGCCAGCAAUCAAACCGGUAAGUGCAAGCAGUCAGAAUGCGGAGAAUGGAAUCUAUGACGAUACCCAACCUUCAUCAUCGACAACUGUUCCCACAACAACAAUAACGACAACUAAAUCAACAACAACCAAAGUACCAAUGCCUUCAAAAACAAAACUUCCCAAAAAACGAAAGCGACCGCGUUAUCGUUACAGGCGACCUUCAGCAAAGGCAAAAACGACACAACAAACAACAACAACAAACAAAAGCACAACUACUCCGUCGCCACAAAUCACUUUUACAACUACAGUCACUACUUUGCCCGAAGAUGGGCGGUAUUGUAUUCUUCAACGAAAUCCAUCAGCUUAUGUCAGUGAGAAAUCCUGGACGGAUCGUGGUGAGCAUUCAUUCACUGCCAACGCGAUAAUCGAUUCACCUGGAUAUCUAAAUGAAUGGUCUAUGGUGAUUGUAUUCGAUGCUGCAGUUAAAUCCAUUGAGGUAUGGGCUAGUCGCAUCGCUGAUUCGUCCGCUGACGGAUUGAUAUGGACGUUUGGACCUCACGCCUGGGACUCAAGAUUGAAUGCCGGAGAGAAAAAAAUUAAUUUCAUCGCAACUACUAGAGAAGUUAUUUCAGGAUCAGCGUCGGGGAAAGUGUUUCUGUGUUCUGAUUCUUUUACAACUGGUGACGCGUUAAUGAUGAGACCCCAAGAUGGGGGAUUUCCAACCCUAGCUGAUGGUAAUGAAGUAAAAUCACGUUCAAAAAGACAAACUCAAGGCACCAAAUCAGGAAGACAGGGUAAAAGAGGAGGUAAUAAAAAUCGAGGUGGCGGAAAAACUGGAAGCGCAAGAUGCACAAAGAAUGCCAAGAUGGGGAUACCUGUUGUGAAUGCCAAGCAGACACCAUUGAAGUUUAAGGCUAAUAACGAUGGCACAAAAUAUAACUACAACGAGCUUCUUCACAAAUCCAUACUUUUCUACGAAGCCCAACGAUCGGGUAAAUUACCUGCAAAUAACAGAGUUCCGUGGAGGGGAAAUUCCGGUUUGAAAGAUGGUUGUGAUAUAAAAGAAGACGCUACUGGAGGGUGGUAUGAUGCCGGGAACUUCAUAAAGUACAACUUUCCUAUGGCAUUUUCUCUCACUACGCUUGCUUGGGGGGGAAUCGUUUUCAGAGAUGCCUACGAGGAUGCAGGAGAAAUGAGUCAUAUGAUUAAUACAAUCAAAUGGGGAACAAGAUAUCUGAUAAAAUGCCAUAUCUCAAAAUAUGAAUUUAUUGGCCAGGUUGGAACUCCUGCAGUUGAAGAUAAACACUGGGGAAGGCCUGAAGAAAUGCAAUCAAUACGAAAAACUUUCAAAAUUACUGCAAAUAAACCAGGGACAGAACUUGCUGCGGAAGCUGCUGCUGCUUUGGCCGCCUCUUCUAUUUUUUUGAAGAAAACAGACGCGAAACUUUCUGCACAAGCAUUAAAACACGCGAAAGAACUUUAUGAAUUUGCUGAUACUUACAGGGGAAUGUACCACAUUGCGAUACCCGUAGCGAGUCCAUCAUACGAGUCAUAUUCUGGAUAUGAAGACGAACUAGUCUGGUCAGCUGCAUGGCUAUACAAAGCAACAAACAACAAAAAUUAUCUGAAAGCAGCUGAAAAAUUUUACCAAAAUAUGAAGGGCGAAUCCUCGGUGGAAGAUCGAUAUGUUUGGGAUCGAAAACUUGUUGGAGCGCAGCUUCUACUUGCGGAAAUGACAGGAAAAGACACUUACAGGGGGCCACUAGCAAAAUUUCUCAAUGGUCUUGAAACGUGGGAUACGACACCGGAAGGAAUGUACUUUCUUGAUGAAUGGGGACCAAAUCGUUAUACAUGCGGGGCCGCAUUCAUUGCUUUAUUGGCUGGUAAGUUGACACCUCAUCUACCAAGGGAACAGGCAUAUUUGAAGUGGGCUGAGGAACAAGUUGGGAUGAUUCUUGGCGACACAGGAAAAAGCUAUGUCAUUGGUUUCGGGAAGAACUAUCCACAGUAUUCGACACAUAAGGCUGGCUCGUGCCCUCCCUAUCCCCAGACAUGCGACUGGGGAACAUUCAACUCUAAAGACGAUAAUCACUACAUUAUAUAUGGCGCAAUGGUCGGAGGUACAAAUGAAGACGGGAUCUUUGACGAUGACCGAGAAAAUGCUAAGGGAAAUCAUAUAACUAUCGACUUCAAUGCUAACUUCCAAUCUGCCAUUGCAGGUUUGAAACACUUUGCUAUGAUGCGAAGAGGAAAGCAGCCUGGGCCUGGCAAACAACCGAAACCUCCAACUACGAAGUCUCCCCCUAAAACCGUAAGAACUAAACCUGCCACCGCUGCACCAAACGUUCCGAUAUAUCCACAAACCCCUGCAACUACCAGACCAGUCACAUCAAAGAUUUCAACAACUGCGAAGCCUCAAAAGACGAGACCGCCAGUUUCGGAAAAAGUUCGUUGUGCAAAAAGAUCACCCAAUGGAGUUCCGGUUGUAAAUGCUCACCAAACUAAAUUGAACUUCAAGCCAAACAAUGAUGGCACAAAAUACAACUACAAUGAGCUUCUUCACAAAUCCAUACUUUUCUACGAAGUACAAAGAUCUGGUGAAUUGCCUGCAAAUAACAGGAUUCCGUGGAGAGGCGAUUCUGCGCUUAAAGAUGGUUGUGAUAUAAAAGCUGACAUAUCUGGAGGAUGGUAUGAUGCUGCAAGUUUCAUAAAGUACAAUUUCCCUAUGGCAUUUUCUCUCACUACGCUUGCUUGGGGAGGAAUCACUUUCAGAGAUGCCUAUGAGGAUGCAGGAGAAAUGAUUAAUAUGAUUGAUACAAUCAAAUGGGGAACAAGAUAUCUGAUAAAAUGUCAUAUCUCAAAAUAUGAAUUCGUUGGCCAGGUUGGAAAUCCUGAGCUUGAGAAUGAAAGUUGGGGGAGACCCGAAGAAAUGCCACCCAAACGAAAAACGUACAGGAUUACUGCCACUAAACCUGGCAGUGAACUAGCUGGCGAAGCUGCAGCGGCACUGACCGCAUCUUCUUUGUUUCUGAAGAAGUCGAACCCUGAACUUGCAAAACUAGCUCUAAAACACGCAAAGGAACUUUAUGAAUUCGCGGACACUUACAGGGGAAUGUAUCAUAUUGCAAUUCCUGUUGCAACCAAAUCAUAUAAAUCAUAUUCUGGAUACGAGGAUGAACUGGUGUGGGCUGCCGCAUGGCUGUAUAAAGCGACAAACGAAGACAAAUAUUUAAAAGCUGCAGUAAAACUCUAUCGAAAUAUGACAGAAGAGACUGCGGUAGAAGACCGAUACGUGUGGGAUCGUAAACUUGUUGGAGCUCAGCUUCUUCUCGCUGAAAUGACGGGUAACGAAAUAUACAAAGAGCCAGUGGCAAAAUUCCUUAACAACCUCGAAACAUGGAAUACCACAGCAAAAGGAAUGUACUUUCUUGACGAAUGGGGACCAAAUCGUUACACAUGCGGUGCUGCGUUUGUUGCUUUACUGGCUGCUAAAUUGAAGCUUGAUUUACCAAGAGAACAAGCAUAUUUGAAAUGGGCAGAGGAACAAGUAGGAAAGAUACUUGGCGACACGGGCAGAAGCUUCGUUAUUGGAUUCGGAAAGAACUUUCCACAGAUGACAACACAUAAAGCUGGUUCGUGCCCUCCAUAUCCACAAACUUGCGACUUGAAAACAUUCGACUCUAAAGAAAGCAAUUAUUACAUCAUUUAUGGCGCUAUGGUGGGAGGUACAGACAAAGAUGGUGUCUUCCACGAUAAUCGUGAAAAUGGUAGAGGAAAUCAUAUAACUCUUGAUUUCAACGCUAACUUUCAAUCUGCGAUUGCAGGGUUGAAAUAUUUUGCAAUGAUGAAUAGAGGAAAGAAUCCCAGUAAACUACCGCAACCACAACCAGGGGCGACAAAACCUUCCAAAGUAACAGCAACGACCACACGAAUGACUCCAGCUACUGCUAAACCAACAAUGAAACCGAAGCCAACUGUGGACGCUCAACAAACGAGGCCACCAAUUUCCGAAAAAGUUCGAUGUGCUAGAGGGUCGCCAAACGGAGUACAUGUGAAAAAUGCUGGGCAAACUAAACUGAAUUUUAAACCGAACAUUGAUGGAACCAAGUACAACUACAAUAAAGCACUGCAUUUGUCCAUUCUUUUCUUCGAAGCUCAAAUGGCAGGUCGCCUUCCACCCGGCCACCGCAUUCCGUGGCGUGGCGAUUCAACGUUGAAAGAUGGAUGCGAGGUCGGAGCUGACGUAUCUGGCGGAUGGUUUGAUGCUGGUGAUCAUGUAAAGUUCGCAUUUCCAAUGGCCUUUUCGCUUACAACAUUGGCUUGGGGUGGAAUAAAAUUUCGUGACGCUUAUGAAGACGCUGGUGAACUCCAGAAUAUGAUAAACACAGUACAACAUGGAGCGGAAUGGUUCAUAAAAGCACAUACUGCAAAGUACGAACUUAUUGGCCAAGUUGGUAACGGCAAUGUAGAUCACGGUGAAUGGGGAAGACCAGAAACAAUGAGCAUGCGAAGACCAGUAUAUAAGAUUACUGCUAAAAAGCCAGGCUCGGAACUUGCUGGGGAAGCUGCGGCAGCACUGGCCGCCUCUUCCAUACUUUUGAAAGCUACGCAUCCGCAGCUCUCUAGAGAAGCAUUGCAGCAUGCAAAAGAACUCUACGAUUUUGCGAAUAAAUACAGGGGAACAUACCACAAAUCAAUCCCAGAUGCUAAAGAAUUUUAUGCUUCGAUUUCGGGGUAUGAUGACGAAUUGAUAUGGGGGGCUGCAUGGUUGUACAAAGCAACCAACGACAACAAGUAUUUGCUUCUCGCAACAAACCAUUAUAAUAGAAUUCAAGGGAAAUAUGUAGUUGAAACGAGAUAUUCCUGGGAUAGGAAGUUAUGUGGAGCGCAGGCUCUUUUGGCGGAAUUAACGGGCGGUUCAGAUUAUAAAACGCCAUUCUUCAAAAUGAUUGAUGAUUUGAUGAGAGCAAAAACGACACCUCAAGGCCUACACUUCUUGACAAAAUGGGGUUCAAACAGAUACGCCGCUGGAGCAGCAUUUAUGGCGGCAAUAGCAGGAACGAUGAAUGCGCCACGAAAAGCUGCUUAUCAAAAGUGGGCUCAGAAGCAAUUAGAUCUUAUGCUGGGUGAUUCGGGACAGAGUUACCUAAUUGGAUAUGGGAAAUAUCCUAAAAGACCGCACCAUAGAUCUAGUUCCUGUCCUCCUUAUCCCCAACGAUGCGAUUGGUCAACAUUUAAUUCUCCAAAACCAAAUCAUUAUAUCUUAUAUGGUGCACUGGUCGGGGGACCUGAUUCCAAGGGAAAGUACCUUGACAAACGAUCUCUUUAUGAACAAACAGAAGUCACAACGGACUAUAAUGCAUGCUUCCAGAGUGCUGCAGCAGGUGUGAAGUACUUUGCGAUGAAAUCAAGAAGAACAUCUUCACAACCACAGAGAAAACCUGGACCAACUCCGAGCAAAUAUAGCAAACCCAUUGGUCCAAAGAAACCAACAUCUGGCCCAAAAAAGCCGUCUCCUAGAAAGCCAAUGAAAAAACCAUCUCCGAAGAAGCCGAUACAAAAGCCACCUCCGAAGAAGCCGAUGAAAAAGUCACCUCCGCAGAAGCCGAUGAAAAAGCCACAUCCGCAGAAGCCACUGAAAAAGCCAUCUCCUAAGAAGCCUGUUUCCAAACAUGAAUCUAAUCGUACAAAAGUUCCCUGUAGACCACCAUCUAGUCCAAAAUGUCAACGAUUAGCUCAACAGGAAAGGCAAAGAAGAAAUAGACAACAUGGCAACGGUUAGCUUUAUAAACUUGAAUCGCAAAUUAACUUCAGCGCUAGUUAUGAAAUGAGGUUGGUGCCAACAAUGUCGUAGAAUAUUUAGUUUAACACUGCAAAGAUACCCUAUGGAACGACAGCGAAGUCUGUUGCACAUAUCCAUUUACAGGUGAUUCAUUGAAUAUAUAGUAUUUUGAAUUACCGUAGUUUGUUUUAUCACAAUUUGCAAUUAAUUUCAGCUUAUUAAGCAUGUUUCUGAGAAUCGUCUAUGACUCUAAAGUCGUCUAUCUCUAUGGCAUGCAUGAAUCAAAUGCGAUUGACAUAAAACUGAAACAUACUUGAAGUAGCCUACUAUGCUAAGAAAUCGUCAAUAUAAACUGCAUUUUAAUAUUGUAAUAAAUUUGUAAACAAUUAAA